AAGCAGUGUACCUGGGACACUCGGACAUACUGAAGUUGAAGAAACAAAGAGCAUUCGGUUAGACUCACAGAUCCACAUCAGCAGAUCAUUGAAUACAGCAGAAAUCUGACAAUGUGUGUCAAGUGGAAAUGGGCUGGACAGCUGCUGUCAGUGUUUGCCAUCCUCCACCUGGCUCCUCUGCUGACAAGUUCCAAAGAGCUCAUUCAGCCACUGGACUGCAACGACAUCCACCAACAAGACAGCAGCCGACCCAGCGGCGUGUACACUAUCUACCCUUUUGGAGAAAAGUCUGGAGUCGAGGUGUACUGUGACAUGGACUUAGAGGGAGGAGGCUGGACAGUGCUCCUCAAGAGGACGGAUGGCUCCUUGAACUUCUACAGACCCUGGAAUCACUACAAGAUGGGCUUCGGAAACGCCAAUGGAGAGUACUGGCUUGGUGAGACUUUAUUUUUCCUUCGCAGUGUUGUAAACUGUGCCCAAUUAUACCUGGGGGCAUUUUGGUACAACAACUGUCACCAUUCAAACCCUACUGGUAUUUAUCGCUGGGGAGUUAUGGCCACUUAUGGUGCAAGUGGAAUGGAGUGGUACCCGUGGAAGGGUUGGAGCUACUCCCUGAAGGCCAUGAGCAUGAAGUUUCGUCUCGUGCAGUAAAUCUGCAGGACAAACAUUCAGCAAAAUUUUAGCAACUGCUUUCUAAUGAUUGAUUUCUUUUCUUUUCUCUCAUUAAUCAUGUAACCUUUCUUUGAGCUUUAUUUUCUUAAAGUUGAGCACAAGGAAAAUCCACCAGUGCAGUACAGCUGACUCAUGUUUUUGAACGAAGCAGUCAAAUAAAAUAAACCAGCAGCAGUUUUUCAUACAUCACCAUAAAUAUGUUGCAAUGACAGACGUGUGUGAAAUCAAACAGCAGUAAUGAAUGAAAUGCAGAGCUCCUGUAGUUACACAUACACAACAACACACAUAUGGCUGCUUUGGUCGAGGCCAUCUCACUCAAGUUGGACUUUAUUAGUUGUAGAAACACCAGGAAGGAGUUCAGCUGCAUUGAGACUGCCUGAGCUGCAUCAGGAAAAUAAAGCCCACCAUCUUUAACUGUAGACAGAGGUCUAAUACCUCAUGUGAAUCAUUAUCUGCUCACAUGCUGACAAUAAAUAAGAAG